AUGAACUAUCAUCGAAAUCCUUCUCAAAAUCAUCAUUAUAAAACACUCAAAAAAUCUAACUUUUACUUCCAAUCGUAAUCAUAUUUAAAAUUUUCAUUAGCCUUAAAACAGAUACUCAAAUUUAAAACAAACAAAAUGAAAUUCUUACAAAUCUUAGAACAGUUAUUCAGUAGAAUGAAAUAUUGUUAUCAGAAAUCAAUGAAAAUAUACCUAUUGUAAAAAAAAAGGUUCGAUCUUAGAAAUUAUCUUGUGAAUGCUCUAUCUAUUGA